UUUUAGCAAGUAGCUAUAAACCCCGCUGCUUCCAGAAAACCUCACCUCUUCAAAUUCACUCCUUCCUUCCUCCGCCAUGAGCGACCGCCGUGACCGCGACCGCGACCGCGACCGCGACGGAGAUAGAGAAAGAGACCGUGACCGGAGGAGAAACCGGGACGACCGUGACCGGGACCGUGACCGUGAGCGCGACCGCAAGCGCUCGCGUUCCCGUACGCCUGACCGCACUCGAUCCCGCCACACUCGAUCUCGUACUCGUUCCCCCGACGAGAGAGACCGUCAUCGGCAUCGGAACCGGCAUCGGCACCACCGCUCACGUUCACGCUCCAGGUCCCGUUCCCCUAGCUCUCCUCCUCGGAAGCGCCAUAGGGACGACGUCGUUUCCAAGGACAGGGACAAGGACAAGGACAAGCGCAAGGAUGACGUCGUUUCUAAAGACAAGAAGCAAAAGGAGAAUGCUGUUAGCAACGAUGCUGGCAAUAAGGAUGGGGAUUUGAUGGAUGAGGAUGAGAUAGAGAUGAUGAAGAAAUUUGGAAUUCCUGUGGGGUUCGAUUCCACGAAGGGGAAGCCGGUCCCUGGAAACGACGUCGGUGCCGUGAGAAAGGUCACGAAGAGGCAGCCAAGGCAGUACAUGAACCGCCGU